AGUUUCCGUGCAAUGAGGUCGCACAGCUAGACCCUUUCAAAGCCAUUCUACCGAAACUUUGUGCUAACUAACCUGACUAGGUUAAAAGAAUAGUUUUUGUGUUUGAUGUUAAAUCUAUUCAGUGUAAUAUUUUAAGGUGGAUUAUGAUGAUGAUGGUGAUGGAGAUGCUGUAAUGUAAGAAGGAGUAUUGCUGUAACGCUUAUGAAGCGCAAACAAUGUACCCCGACUUAUUUUCAGUGUGACGACGAGAUGGAAGAAUUAAAUGCAGUUGCUCUAAUUCAUCGCAAAGAAUCUGCAGCACCACUUACUACGGAAAGAGAUGGCAAUAUCUUCCGUUACCCUCCUUCGUAUCCGUUAGCCUUGGUGCUACGCCUACGAGUGUUACAGAUUGUGUGCGGUAUUUCAAUGAUUGUAAUGGGCAGCGUGGCAGUCAUAGAAGAACGGCAAAAAUUCAACAUGAGUCUUGGAAUACCGGCUGGCAGUUUCAGCUUAUUGGCUGCGGCUCUAUCAAUCCACACUUCGAGAGGUUGGGGCACAGUGACGAGCGGAGCGGUUGGUGCAAGUUCUGCAGCGUUUUUGUGGGUGCUUUCCGCUUGUAUGAUUUUGGCCUUGACAAUUCAAUGCUUUAGAACUAUCUUCGAGGUACCUUCAGAAACAACGUACAGUAGCGACAAUGAUGGAGUAGAAGAUACCAAAGAAUCACGCGAUUUGAUCAUAAUAGCUUUAAUUCAAAUCGCUCUAGCCUUCAUCACGCUGCUCACUGCAUUUGUCUGUGCUCGAAUAGAUUUCACCAAAUGACACGAAACAUUGGGUCCGAUUGCGCGUCGACGCGUGAGUGAAGCACCCGCUUCCGGAUCCGCUACCGCUCCUACUUCAAACGCACCCCACGUUGAAGAGAAAGAAAAAAGUAACCGCGUAGCAUGGCUUAUAUAAACAGUUGUGUGUCGACACAAACUUUUAAUGACAUGUCUCGCUGUUUGUUUAUUUGGUUAAUUACUGUUUCUCAAACAUAAGCCGGGGAAUAAAGAAAUAACUUCAUCAUAUCGUAGCGACGAAGACACUGUUAAAUAAAAGCCAUAAAUAGUUUACUCAUUAAUGAUUUGAUUGAUAAUAACAUUAGAUUGAAUGAAACGAAAAAUAAUAAAGCUUUUUAUAGCUUUUUUUUUCUCUAAUUUGGGAAACAUACAGUCUUAACCUUCCGUAAUCAGUAAGUGUCCCCGUGCCGCGGUAUGCGCGAUUUUGGCGCGCGUGCAGCGGCCAGUUAAUGCGUAUUAUGCGUAAAAUAAUUCGCAUUGCUUAUCAUAAGGAUGAUAUGAGAGAAUAUAUAAGAAAACUAUUGAAACAAGCUUUAAGACCAUGCAAAAUAAACUAUCUUAUAAACAAAAUGAGGGUCAGAAGUUGGUCAGGGCGUAAUGUAGUGAAAUUGAGUCUUUAAUAUUCGUUCUCAGAAUUUUAGUUUUUAAUUGUCAUACAUUGUAUCUGCUUUAAUAUAUUUCAAUGAUUAUUUAUAUUUCAAUGAUUAAUAAAAUAUAUUUUAAUGAUUGUUUUUUAGGCAAUAAAUAUUUGAAAAACAAGGCAAACGGUCAAUCUUGAGUGACGCAUCGGCGCCAUUUUGGAUAUCCAGAUUGUUUUGUGGUUUCAGAUUUGUAACAACAUAAUCCAUAUUAUUAUAUUCAUAUCAUAUAUAAUUUCAUCACUUAAAAUACCAAACAAAUCAUUCUAAUCAAGUGAAGACAAGUAUGUAUAAAUAAGUAUUUAUAGUUUAUACAUACUUUACAAGCACGGCGCCAAUUCCUUGCAGCAGAAUUACCUACUACCUACAUUGUGAAAAAGUGUUGGGGGCUUGCUCGGUGUGAGAAUAAAUGUCAGAAAUGAUUUGUUCAAAUAAUGGCAGACGAAAUUCCGCAUUCAGAUAGUUUUUAUAACCUAUUUUACUACAUAUAUAAGAGGGUACCGUAAUUAUUAUUAUAUUAAUUGUACUUAACGCUCGUGUAACUUUUAAUUGUAGAGUUAUUGUAUAAUUAUAUUCUACGAUUCUACCGAAUACUUACAAACAAAAUUUAUGAAAUAUGGUGAAUAUAUGUAUACCUUUUCUAGAUCCAAUUUUAAGCCUCUAGUUAAUGGUUAGCAGAAGUAUAAAGACAUAGGGUAUGUUCCGAUAUAUACUGCGACCACUGUACAGUGUGACGUCAAUUUAGUAUACUGUGAAGUCGUUCCUUUAUAGCCAGUUAUAUUGGUUACUAUUUAAAUUCAUUAAAAAAAACUGUUGUUGGAGUACGGUCAAAUUAAAAAUAUUUUUAUUAAGACUUUAGGCACUCGAGUGGUUUUGACUGAUCACGUGAUCAUAGUACUGCGAGUACCUUACUUCGAAAACGCCAGUGCUCACAGUAGAAUAUAGCGACAAUUUAUGACGUCAUAUAUUUCCCUAAGGUACUGCGGCAGUAUACUGGCAGUCCAUAACGGAACGAAUUUUUCUACAGUGAUAGCACUUUGCAGUGCUCGUAGUGCAUAUCGGAACAUACCCAUAGUUUUUGCCAACUGUGUUAAGACUGGAGUCUUAGCAGACACUGAAUUAACAAUAUUAUCAAAUUAGUUUUAGGGCUUAUUUAAAGUAACAAUUUUAUUUAAUGUGUAUUAUAUUAUUU